CCAUCUGCCUGACUCUCCCAUUUUCAGCAGAGUCUCCGAGCCUCCUCUCACCCCACCUUGCUGCUACAGAAUCCUUUGUGACCAUGUCUGCCAGAGCUGUGAAGACCACCACCUUCUCCACCCUGUCCACAACCAAAGGCCCGAGUCAGAGCUUCAGCAGCCGCUCCUUCUCCGGCUACGGUGGUCAAGGUGUGGGUGCUGGCAGGCAAAGCUGCGUACUCCGCGGCUCCUACGGUGGGGUGGGCAGCAGCGGUGCCGCCAUUGGAGGCUUCAAGAUGGUCGGUGGGUAUGUUGCCGGGGGGUCGGCCCAAAGAGCUGGUGGAUUAGAGUUUGGCUACGUGGGCUUUGGUGGAGGCAUGGGCCAGGAAGUGGUGGCCCCCAUCACAGAGGUGACGGUGAACAGGAGCCUGCUGGUCCCCUUGAACCUGGAAAUUGACCCCACCAUCCAGUCGGUCCGCAUCCAGGAGAAGGAGCAGAUCAAGACCCUCAACAACCGUUUCGCAUCUUUCAUUGACAAGGUACGCUUCCUGGAACAGCAGAACAAAAUGCUGGAGACCAAAUGGAAACUUUUGCAAGAGCAAACCCCAGCAUGCUCCAACAUCGAUGCCAUGUUUGAAGCCUACAUCGCCAACCUGCGAAAGCAGCUGGACAACUUGAGCCAUGAAAAGGUCAAGCUGGAAUCGGAACUUCAUCACAUGACAGGUCUGGUCGAGGACUUCAAGACCAAAUACGAGGAUGAGAUCAACAAGCGCAAUGAAUGUGAGAACAACUUUGUUCUCUUGAAGAAGGACACAGAUGCAGCGUUUUUGAUCAAAGCAGAGUUGGAGGCCAAACUCGAUGGACUUUCUGAUGAAAUUGACUUCCUGAGGCAGAUCUUCGAUGCUGAAAUCCAUGAACUACAGAGUCAGAUCAAGGAUACAUCUGUCGUCGUGGAGAUGGACAACAGCCGUAACUUGGACAUGGAUGCCAUCGUUGCUGAAGUGCGUGCCCAGUAUGAAGACAUCGCCAAUCGAAGCAGAGCUGAGGCGGAAUCAUGGUACCAGAACAAGUAUGCCCAGAUGCAGGAGUCUGCUGGUAAAUGCAGUGAAGAUCUGAAGUUAACCAAGGCGGAAAUUGCUGACAUGAACCGCAGAAUAAUGAGGCUCCAGUCUGAAAUUGACAUGGUUAAAGCACAGAACAAUAAUUUGGAGGCCCAGAUCGCUGAGGUUCAGGAGCGUGGCGAGUUGGCAGUGAAGGAUGCCAAACUCCGCAUUAGAGAACUGGAGGAGGCUCUUCAGAGGGCCAAGCAGGACAUGGCCCUGCAGGUCCGCCAAUACCAGGAACUGAUGAACGUGAAGCUUGCCCUGGACAUUGAGAUCGCCACCUACAGGAAACUUCUCGAGGGAGAGGAGGACAGGUUCACAACUGGAAUCAAGACCAAGGUGUCCAAAAUCACCUCUAUGAACUACAAUGCUUAUGGCCUGGAGAGCUCCCGUACCCCAUCUUACGUCAGCUGCUCAUUUGGCACCAUCAAGGCGAGCGGCGAUUCUGUGCCUGAGGCGGAGACUGCGGAGGUGAAGAGCACCACUAGUGUCACCACAACAGAAACCGUGGUGAGCACGACUGAGGAGAAGAAGGAGGUGGAGGUGCCCGCUGUUACUGAGGUCGCUAAAACUGAGGAGCAGGUGGAGGCUGAAGUUGUGGCUGAGUGAUCUUCUUAAACCCCAUUUGAGUUGAAUUUGGCCCCUCCCAAAAUAAAAUCACACCAUUACGUUUGAGUUUAUAAGGCGAAUGCCUUUUCUCUUUCUGUCAAGGAUCUGUGAGCAGCAAGUGGGAAAACCAUUCAUCAAUGCCAUAUUGUAAAUUUCAGUACUGUCAGAUGUUAUCAGUGCAGUAAACGCAACUGGCCACUAGAUGACUAUGUGGCAUAGGUUUUACUGAAGCCAAUAAAUCAAACUGCCGUUCACAAAGUA